AUGGCGAAAUACCGCAGCUGGCGGCAACGUCGAAACUGGAGAGACCGGAGAAUCCUCUAUUUCAAAUGGAGCAAGCUGAUGCGUCCGUCCGAACUCAAGUCAGACGAGGUGGACCUCCAUCAAUACCUAAACCUUAGAUGCCUCGCUGAAGUGUUUGAAGAGCCCGAAGUUGAUCUCAAGCGACUCGCUAGAAGAGUAAAGAGCUUGAAGUCCUCAGCCAACGUGAGUGAGGGCGACGAGUCGAUGAAUGCAGCUGCGCGCCGCAGAGCGAAGGCCAGAAAGAAGGCCAUCGAAGCACAUAAGCAGAAAAUGAAGCAAUGUCAGGAUAUCAAGAACGGAGACCUCGAGCACCCACUCGAGACCAUUGUCCGACAGGCGCGCAAGAACAUAACCAAGAUCAAGGGCGGUCUCAAAGAGGGCAUAGAGAUGGUUCAGGACUACGGUGCCGGUCCGGUGGAGCGUCGAAUAUGCAAGAUGCUGCGCAAGUUCCGUCAAAUGGCACAAAAAGACCUUCUCGAAGCUGAGAAGGCCUACAGCCUGAGCAGGGGCAAUGUUGACGACCUCAACGAUGAGAAUGGAUGGAGGCCGCAGCAGGAGCUCGCGAUCAAAGGCGAACGCUUGAUGGAUAAGAUGCGCGAUGCUAUCAGUUCGAAAGCCAACGAAGGCAAGGUUGCCUAA